AUGGAGAUAAGUCAGAGAGAAACAAAGCCGAAUGUGUAUAAUGGAGAAUCUUCUUCCAAAACAAUGUCGUAUAACCAGCAAUACGGGCCCAACCAGUACCCCCAAAAUCCACCUCCACAAGGCUGGGGACCACCGCCUUCAAACUACGGACCACCACCGCCCCAAGUUUAUCCACCCCAACCGCAAUACAACCCGCCCCCGCAGCAGCCGCAACAAGAGGAAGACGGAUGUUGCAAAUGGUGUUGCGGCUUGGCCUGUCUUUCGUUGCUCUGCUGUUGCCUUUGCAAGGAGUAG